CCAAAACUUUCUGCUUGGUCCAGGUCUCAGACCACCAAUCUGGAUCCUCCCCACCUCCGUCAACUUUGACGUCUCCAAACUAGCCAAUCGGAGAAGCCCUCCUCAGCGGAACCGAGGUUAGCCGGGCAAUUUUAACUCAGAUCGUCCUCCCAGAGUUAGAUCUCCUCCUCCUCUACCCCUUCACACCUCGUUGCAGCUCCAGGCGGUUUUCUUAGAGGACGUCUCCUGUCUGAGAUUCCGCUGGAGCCUCCCGACGCUCUCUCCACCCAGCCCAGCGGAGCCCACGUCUGCCCCGGUGGCUCAGAGGAGGCAGAAGCGCAGCGCUUCCGGAGUCUGGGCCGUACUUGGAGAGAGCAGGCUGACGGAGACCUGCGGACGGGAGGUCAGGACGCCAGCCCUCCUUGGCAGGGACAGCUGCGGUCUCCCGAGGACAAGGGCUCUCUAAGCAGACAGCUCCCCUCGACGUUCUUUGGAGAGCAAAAAGUUUGCGCCCCUCAACCAUGGGCAAGCAGCCGGACGCCAGGACCUUCGAUGUGUGGGACUACUUGGUUUUCGCUGGGAUGCUGUUAAUAUCCACAGCCAUAGGUGUUUAUUAUGCCUUCUGCAAGAAAAAGCCGCAGACCCAGAAAGACUUUUUGAUGGGUGGUCGGAAAAUGACGGCGCUGCCCGUGGCGCUGUCCCUCACUUCCAGUUUCAUGUCUGCCAUCACAAUCCUGGGCAUCCCUGCCGAGAUCUAUCGCUUCGGGGCUGUAUUCCUCAUGUAUGGCUUCUCCUACGUCCUUAUGGUGCUCGUCACGUCGGAAGUCUUUAUUCCAGUCUUUUAUAAACUGGGAAUUACCAGCACUUACGAGUAUCUAGAGCUACGUUUUAACAAAAGCAUUCGUCUAUGUGGAACCUUUCUGUUCAUCCUUCAAACGGUUUUGUACAUUGGAGUUGUCAUUUAUGCUCCAGCUCUCGCUAUGAAUCAAGCCACGGGACUCAAUUUGUGGGGCACAAUUCUUGCCACGGGAAUGAUCUGCACCUUCUACAGCUCAAUGGGUGGGUUCAAAGCUGUUGUCUGGAUACAUGUUUUCCAAGCUGGGAUCAAGGUGGCUGGAAUCUUUUCCGUGAUCAUACAGGGUACCAUUGUUGAAGGUGGAAUCAGCAAUGUCCUAAACAAUUCCUAUUAUGGAGGAAGGUUAAAUUUCUGGGACUUCAAUCCCAAUCCUCUUAGAAGGUAUACCUUCUGGUCCAUUGUCAUUGGUGGUACUAUCACCUGGCUUGGUGUCUUUGGUAUCAAUCCAGCUCAAGUUCAGAGAUACAACUCCUGCAAAAGCCGAUUCCAUGCAAAACUGUCCAUUUAUUUAAAUCUUAUAGGAUGCUGGGGAAUUCUUGGCACUAUGACAUUUUGUGGUCUUAUCCUUUAUUCAAGAUAUCAUGACUGUGAUCCUUGGACUGCAAAGAAAGUGUCAGCACCAGACCAGCUCAUGCCCUAUUUAGUAUUGGACAUUCUACGAGAUUUUCCAGGACUACCAGGACUCUUUGUGGCAUGUAUAUAUAGCGCAACAUUGAGCACCGUGUCUGCCAGUGUUAAUGCUUUGGCUGCAGUAACAAUUUCAGAUAUCGUCAAACCUUUGUUCCCAUCGCUCUCAGAAAAGACUGUAUUUUGGCUUUGUAAAGGGACAAGCUUGUUUUAUGGACUUCUGUGCAUUGCAAUGGCAGCUUUGGCAUCUCUUUUGGGAGCGUUGUUACAGGUAGCGGUUACUAUCUUUGGUGUGAUUGGUGGACCCCUUUUGGCCGUGUUUACUUUGGGCAUCUUGGUCCCUUUUGCCAACUCAAUAGGGGUUUUUGUAGGGCUUAUUGCUGGAUUUAUUGCUUCCCUCUGGGUUGGAAUUGGAGCUCAGCUAUAUCCCCCACUUCCAGAGCACACUUUACCUUUGAAACUUGUUACUGAUGGCUGUAACAUGGAGAACAUACCACUAGAAGCUCCAUUGUCUCCAAAUGCUUUUGAAAUUCAUAAUGUUGAAAGAACUCCCCUAAUGGAUAACUGGUAUUCCAUGUCAUAUCUGUACUACAGCCCCGUUGGAGUUUUUGCCACUAUAAUUGUGGCAAUAAUUGUUAGCCUCCUAACAGGGGGAAGGAAACAGGUCAUAGAUAAGAGAUUGCUACUAACCAAAGAAGAUUUUUUAUCCAACUUUGAUUUUUUAAAGAAGAAUAAAGUUGUAAACCAGCAGCUUUAUGUGAUAGAAGGUAAUGGAACUAAACCUGAUCAACGAACUAAUGAAUCAACACAUCUUUAAAGAUCAACUAAGUGAGCUAUUCCUAUUAGUCUGAAUCUGUGAAAUGGUCGCAUUUGAAUCAUCAUUGCAGUGUUCCAUUGGACUGGCACCAAUAACCAAUAUUUUACAUAUAAUAAAUUUGCAUAGUGAAAAUCCAGAUACAGUUACCCCUUCCACAUCAUGACCCAUCAUGCUUUUGAUGUAUUAGGCUUGGUAUAAAAAAUUAAGUGGGAAUUUGUGGGGAAGCUAUACACAAUACAAGAAGGCCAGAAGGUGAUGCAGAAACAGUCUAGAAAAUUAGAAAUGUAUAAAAUAUUUGUAAAGUAUUAUUAUUAUCAACAUAGUUUAUCUUUUAAUAGUAUAAUAAUUCAGAUUUCUGGCACAAAGGGAGGGCCAAAACCUUUUAUGUUAAUUAUAGAUAUGAAUUGAGAUCUACCUGCCAGACAGCUUCUUCACAGACAAAUCAGAAGCACUAAUGGGUAAAGAUAAAUGUGAACUAGUCCUGUUCUCAAGGAAGCUCUGGCUUUCAACACAUCGAAUUGAACUUUGCAGAUGACAAUAGAAAGAUUCUUGCUUGUUGGAAGACAAGCAUUUAUUAAGUUGCUACUAUAUGCCAGGAACUUUAUAGUACAUUUUAAAAAUCAGUUUUUGAUUUCAAGGAUCAUAUUUUUUUUUUGGAGUGUAGAAUGUAUGCACAUGUGGAUUUUAAUCAUUUAACUGGAUUGGGCAAUAUGUGUUUUCUUCAUGUAUUUGGAUACCUUUAAAAGGUAUCAGGAUAAAGGGGAAACUGAAGUCAGAUUUGGGUUUGACAGUUCAAAGCUAUGUGAAAAUCCUGUUCUGAACUUAUAUUUUCUAAAUCUGUAAAAUGGAAAUAUUGUAUCUACCUCAUAGGCCUGUUGUGAGAAGACGUCUUACUUUGUAAAACUCAAAGUGCCAUAGAAAUAUGAUUUCUUGUUAUUUCUGAACAAAAAGUAAAUGUCUUUCUGGUGGUUUUUAAAUGGGUGGAAUAAUGAAAUUUUACAUUUUUAAUAUCUAUUUUAUUAUAUAAUAGUUGUUACUAUUUUGGAAAUUUCCAUUUCUAUUUAACAAAUAAAUUGCUCCUGGUACCAGGUUGAGUCGAAGCACUGAGACCCAUCGUCUGUAGAAAUACUUGUGCUUUUGGACUGAGUUCAGUCCUAGAGGAGCCUAGUCUUUAGUAAGAGAGAUUAUACUGACCUUUCUCAAACUCUGGCUAAUUAUAUUUCUACCCUCAUGGGGGAAAAUGAUUUUAGGUUUAAUUUUAGGUUCUGAGUUUUGGUUAC